GCGCGGCUCCGGGUUUUCCGGCUCUCCCUUUGUCUUGGCGCCUGUUGAGCGGGGAACGGAGCGGCGGGCGAUCCCGAGCCCGAGCUGAGAGCACCGCGCCCGGGAACAGGGGGCUGCCUUGAGCCGGUGGGGGAGGGUUUGGGGAAGGUGGUGAGGAGGAGGAGGAGGGUCGAGGCAGCGAGAGUGGAGCCGGGGCCGAUUGCUGCUAUGGCGGCCUGGGAGCGGGAGCGCGGCUUCUCCAGCGAGGAGCUGCUGUCGUUGCGCUUCCCGCUGCACCGGGCCUGUAGGGACGGCGACAGCGGGGCUCUCCGCACCUUGUUGGCCGCCUCCUCCCCCACCGACAUCGGCGUCGAGGACAACUUCUACGGGUGGACCCCCCUCCACUGGGCCGCUCACUUCGGCAAGCUGGAGUGUGUAAUGCAGUUGGUGCAGGCAGGAGUUGGAGUCAACAUUGCAACAUCACGAUUUGCGCAGACUCCAGCCCAUAUUGCAGCUUUUGGAGGGCAUCCUCAAGGCUUGUUGUGGCUGAUCCAAGCAGGGGCAGAUUAUAACAUACAGGAUGUUGUGGGUGAAACCCCUGUCCAUAAAGCAGCACGAUCAGGAAGUUUGGAUUGUCUCAAUGUCCUUGUAUCUCAUGGGGCUAAAACAGAUUUAAGGAAUGCAAAUGGGUUGACAGCAGCUGAGCUUGCCCUGGCUCAGGGCUUCCAGGAAUGUUCCCAGUUCCUGUGCAGUGUGCAGAACCAUCAGCUAAAUGGUUUCUAUACUAAUGGCAUCGCCAGUGGUCUUUACCGCGAUAACCUGAUCACAGAUGGCCUAAAUGGCUACACAGGAACCAACCGGAAGAGAAGCCACGAGGAAUCUGAACGUUGUGGAAUCAAGAAGCCGAGAACAGAUGAUACGGAUCAGUCUAACCACAUGGAUAAAAUGUUGACCAUGCAACCUGUCACAAAUGGAUCCUUCCAUAGCUUGAACUACUCUUUGGCUAUUGGAGGAGCAGCGGAAUUGACUGCUGGGUUCAGUAACAUCGAUGGCCAGAUCCCUCGCAAUAAAAGUGGAUUUGAGGUCAAUGGAACCAUCCAAAACACGGGAAACACCCUGUCAGAGAUGUGUGGCUCACUGCACCAAAACGGGAGCCCAAGCAGCUGUGUGGCAGUCAAACCAACGCUGCCAUCUUGCCACACAAUUGGAAGCCUGGAAGAAGACCAUGAUUCACUCCAAUAUGGCCACUAUCACGGGUUUGGCGACACAGCCGAAAGCAUUCCUGAUAUCAACAGUUUCAUGGAACAUUCCAGUUCUGUUAGAGUUGAGCAGAGCUAUAACAAUGCUGUUUACAGCGCAGUCCACCUUUUCCAUGGCUCGUAAGUCUGGGGUACCGGUUCUUGGAUGGUGGGUUGUUGCUGGUGUCACCUCACUGGCAUCUGUAGUUGGUCACUGAUUUUGUUUCUCACUUGCUGAAAUAAGCAAAAUGCUUUAACAUUUUUGUUUAUAUUUUUGUAUUUAAAAUUAAAAUGGUCUUGUCUUGGUAAAUUGCACCUUUUAAUUUGGAUUCAUAUGUUGGGAUGGCCAGCAGAAAGGAAUAAAGGAGGUCAUUCAAUCCUUUGAGCUUGUUCAAAAAGAAUUGUUAACCUGGGCAAACAGUUAAUGUUUGUUAAAUGUGGCUUAAAUUGAUUCAAUAAAAACGGGGACAUUUAUAAAUAUCACUUAUUAUAAAGGGAUAAUUAAUGUCAUUUGAACAUUCUGGAUGGGAUCUGUCAUUGCAAAGCACCAGCUCCUGAGACUUUUUAACUUCUCCAAAAACUUGACUGCUUUUCUUGUCCAUGGAAAUGUGCCAACUUUGCUGGUUUGAGUGCACAUGACUGAAUUGUGCAUGUGAAUGUGCAACAGUUAAAUGUUUCAAAGCAACUUGGGAGAGACGGUCUUAACUUCCAUUUUACUCCAGACAUCACCAUUUUAAGUUUUGUGCAAGGUUACAGCUUAAAAAACAGUAGAAUCGUUUUUGAAAACUUAUUGAUAUGUAUUGAGGUUAGACGGUUACAUGUUUUUAAUGUGAUGAAAAGUGGAUUCAUUUUUUUAAAAAUUGUAAUUAAUCCUUUUUUUGAUAUUCUGCAUGACUUAGAACUUGAGUUAUUUGCAGUCAUUUACAUUUCAGUUAUUUUCAGCAGCUCUCUGCUUAACCUUUGCUGUUUCGGUUUAAUCAGCAAGAAAGUCAAUAUUUUGCUUUUUUAAAAAAUGGAAGCAAUUUUGUGCUACCAUGCCAUUAUAAAUUUCAUAAUUGUUACGUUUGCCUGUAAUAGGAAAGUGUUUAAUUCCAUCAGUUAUAUCCUCUAGCACAUACAUUAAAAGACAUUAUCCUUGUCAUCACUCUGCUUUAUUGCAUGAU